AUGUUGAACUGGAUGAAGGGGAAUGAGCAAGGGGAGGACUCCAAGCUGCUUGAACCUCCCGAGACUCCAGCUCCUGUCUUUGCUAUUCGCGCCUUCAAGAGUGCCCUUUUUGGGACACCUGGAGCCGAUGAAGAAGAUGGAAAACACGUGUCGAACCCAAUAUCAUCCCCUCAUCAACGAAGCAAGAGUGAUACAAUGAAGCUCCCGCCGCCUGAGAUCACAGACGCGAGCCCCGGUGAUGACGCGAUGCUCAACCCCACGGGUUCUCCUACAAAAAGCAUAUUAGUCACGCCCGGGACGAUACUAAAUCGACGCAAGACCGUGUCAUUUGGGGAGAGUGUCAUUGACAAUGAGGGGAAGCGCCCUGGCUCGGCCAGCAAGCCAGCCAGAACUCCGCCAAACCCGACUGGUAACCUGAGCAUCCAGUGGAUGUCCGGUUCUUCAGACGGUAGCGGCAAACCACGAAGCAAACUCACCCAGACUUUGAUGGAUGCACGCGAUAACGCGUCCAAGAAUGUUGAUUCGGCCCAGUCUGAAGAGACUAUAGAGGAAGUGAACCCUGGCAGCUCUCGAACGAAAGACAUCCCUGAUGAAGAUGUCACCAUCAACCUGGAGGACCCUCACUCCGAGUCGGGCAAAUAUUGGAAAACAGAAUUCGACAACUACCGUGUGAAGACCAACAAAGAGAUCAAAAAGUUGAUUCAUUACCGGUGCAUUGCCAAGUCAUACGCUCGCAAGAAGGACUCCGAAGCCAUGCGGCUGGCCGAUAAGCUUAAGGAGGAAGAGGAGAAAGUUGCAGAGAUGGAGAGACAAGUUUCACGACUUGCUUCUACCAUGGUUGGAGAAGGAUCCAAGGUGGAUAAGGAGCAACUAAUUCAGGACCUGACCAAGCAGACCGCUCUUGCGCUACAAUACAAGCAACAAGUCACGUCGUUGCGCAGUACCUUGGAAAAGCACGACGUGGUGAAUGAUGCUGCGCAAAUUACAAAAAAGCAGAAGGAAGAUUCAUCUUCCAAGGGCCCCUCUGACGAGCUUCGCAAAGCGCAACAAGAGCUCAAGGAAGCCAAUGCCAAGAUUGACGAAAUGCAACGUCAACAAUCCGAGCUGAGCACGCUCCAGACUCUCGCGCAAAGCUCGGAAAAAAAAGCACAGACACUCGAGCAAGAAAACAACACUCUCAAGCAAACUUUAGCCCGUGUCAAGCAGGAAAUGUCGCGCUACGAGGGUCGACGCAAGGACAAAGAAACGAAACUGAAGCAGAGAGAGUCGAGGCUAGAGUUACGGGUCCAGGAAUACAGGGACAGACUGAAGACUGCCACUCAGGAGCAUCGUGAAUCAGAGGAAAACUUGAGGAAUACCUCGGACGCAGAGCGUCGCAAGUUGCAGAAGCAAAUUGACCUUUUGAAGUUGAGACUUGGAACCACGACCGAACCUUUCCCAGUUCUGCCUUCGAUUGAGCGUCAAUCGUUCAGUCCUCGCAAAGACCCUACCGGUGUGCAAGUGUUCGACUUUGCCGGCCACAAUGUUGAACCAGAAGAGCCACAAGAGCCAGAAGAAGAGCCCACAGACGACAUAGAGCCGCCCCCAAGCCCGAGUCCACGAUCUAAAGUCCGUGAGUCGCGUCCUGGCUUGCGUAGUGCCACUUUGGGCACUCAAGGCUCAAGGCGCCAUCUCCGAAACCCGGCUGCAGAUGACGACGAGGUAACACACUAUUUGAACGAGAUCCUGCCAAAGCCGCGCCACGAAUCCCGCCGCGUCGAACUAGACGCAGUUCCACCAUCCUCGCCCCCUGAUCUUUCAACUCUCAAAUCUCUUAACCGCACUUAUUCCAAGCGACGACUGGGCGAAAACCGUCCUACUCGAGCUCUUAAUCUUCCCGGUGCCGAUGACAUUGGGCUUAGCACCAGGCACGCGCCACGAGAGCGUACACAUGUUAAAUCAACCCUCGACUCCAUUUCUGGCCUCCCAGCUCGCAGUCGGUAUACAAACUACACAAUCUCAGCUGGUGACCGAGUUGGCAAGCGGUAUGGGCUGACAGACACGCAACGAGGAGGUCUUUCCCCUGAACGAAUUGCUGAUGCCCAGGCCCGGCUAAGACAGAAACAACUCAACCCUAAAUCCAGAGCACUCGGCAAGGAGAACGUGUGA